CUUCUCAUUGGUCGAAGACAGUCAGCUGUCACGUGACACUCACGUGACUGUCUGUGUACAAAACCGACGUAAAAAUGUCGGAGUUUUCAAGAGCCAUAUUUGACAACUCGGACCCUUUCAGAAACAUUUGUGUGCCGUGGAGGAAGUAGCCCUUUUCUCAUAAUAAGAUGGAGGACUGUUCCUCUAUCGAGGUGGCGCUCAUCCCGGAGAACCAGCACUGCCGGGAGGUGGCGGACGUACUCAAAGCUCAACUGGCGCCAGGUGAAGCUUUGCUCGGGAGCCUGGAGCUUAGUGGUACGCUGGUGGUGUGGGACCCGGCCAACAGGGAGGUUGCUCCGGUCACGAUAGACGGCUGCUACCAGGACUUCUCCUGGGAGGAGGCGAAUGGCCACCAUGGAGUGGGUGGAUCCCUGCGUCUGCUGGCUGUCGGCUCUUGUUGCACACUGGCCAUGCUGGAGGUGGACACAGAGAGAAUACCAUUCCUUUCCAUGCACAGCGUCCAUGAAUGUCCUGCACAGCACCUCCAACAGGCUGUAUCAGAGUUGGACCAGUGUUUGUGCAGCCUGAAGGUAGCGCGUGUGGUCUCGUGCAUAUCGGGCCGCUGUUGCCUGCUUAUGAAUGCCACCUGGCUACUGGAGAUCACGUGGUCGCCCACACAGAAAUUGCCGCAGACUCUGACCUGCUGCCGACUCACUCCAACGGAGGGCGCAACUGUGGCCCAUUGCUGCGUAUGUGACAACACAGCAUUCGCCCUGAGCGAGAGUGGACUUGUCUCUGUGUAUAAUAUCAGAAAUGGCGUCCUUCUGGCCACCAUCGACCUUCCCGCCUCCCUGAGCCCAGCCUUGAUGGAGGAGGAGCUUGUCUUCCCUCCCUUUUGCCUCCUGGAGGUGUCGGCUGACCUGAGCACAGCCGUGGCCAUCACUCACACUCACCUUGCCGUCGCCAUUGACCUCAAUGACUAUUUCAAGAGGAACCCAGGCCACCUGCUGUGUGAGGCGACAACUACUCACCCUCUGCUCCGACCCCAGCAACCCAAUGACGAGGACAGCUUGGCCAGCUCCAGCUGCAACCUUUCCACGCUGGGAUGGAGCUUCAACACUGACCGCUCCUGGGGGUCUCGUCUGACCACCAUGUACAACACAGUCCAGCAGCCUCCUUCCUCCUCCUCCUUCUCCUCUGCCUGCUCAGCAGCCACGACCUGGUCCUCCUCACUCUCCAGCCGGGAGUCCCACCAGCCUCUGCCCUCUGCCCAUUGUAGAGUCCCCCCCGGCGGGACAGCUGUGACUUUUGCCAUCCCAGAAUCUUCCGUCCCAUCCCUGCUCUCUGUCUCGGAGUUCUCUGCCAUGUUAACCUUUCUCUCCCCCGGCAACAUGCGCACUGUUGGCGUCUUGUGGGACUUGCAGUCCAGGAAUGCAAGGUACCACGAGACAGACGGCCAAGCGGUACCAGUGGAAGUCUGUGGAGAGAGACAUCAUACUCUGCUCCUCAAGAAAGCGGGAAUGUUCCAGGUCUUGUUCUCAGUUUCCCAGCAGGACUUGCUCACCAGGCUGAUGUUGUUCGGCAGUGCGGCCACUGUAGACGCAGUUUGUCACCUGAAUAGCUGGGGGCGCUGCUCCAUCCCCAUCCACUCACUGAAGGCGGGAGUGAAGAACCGUCAGCUGGACACGGUGGAUUUCUACCUGAAGAGCAAAGAAAACCUCCUGACAUUGAGCUCCUCCAGCCUGAAAGAACGUGUCCAGACACUGUGUCCCGCUUUGGACCUGCUGUGUACCACCAUCAAGGAAUCAAACAGUGAUGCUCAGAGCCGCCAGUUCUCAGAGCAGCUGCUCCACAUCACACUCAACUUUGUCAACGCGCAGAUACGCUAUGUCCUCACUCACAUGCACUAUGAGGAUGAAGAUGUGCAGAGCUGCGUGGAUGUCCUGAAUGAAUACCUCGCAAAACUUAGAACCUUCAUGAAGAAAUACCCUUGGCCUGUAGGGGGAGACACCCUCAAAAACGAUGCAUCUGCUGAGGAGGAAGACGAGUGGGAGCUGCUGCCAAUCGAGGAAUUGGUCCACCUGUCUGUCCUGACUAAUGACAUUCCUAGAGCACAAGCAGCUUUGAGGAGGCGAGGCGAUCCAGAGUGGCGUCUAUCGGCCAUUAGGGCAGUUGGCCUGCGUCAGGUCUUCUCCUGCCUGCAGCGGCGAGACUUGCAGACCGCCAAAGUGCUCCUUACCAACAUGGGAUUCAACGUGAAGAAGGAGCUUCAUCAGAUCUGCAUCUACACAGAUGACAAGGACCUGCGGGAGUUUGUGGGGGAGGAGCUCUCCAGACAGGCCUACUUUUCUGAGGAUGAGAGUCAAAGCGUUGCGUUCAUCAAGGAGGUGGAGCAUUUGUUUGCUCUUCCUGCUUCCCGCCACCCGCACGUCCACUCUUCCAGCAGGGUGGUGGAGGUGUUCCUCAGGGAGGCAGGAGGCGGAGAGGUUCUAGAUAAGGUCUUGGCAGAGAAGAGGUUUGAGAAUGAGGACGCAGAACUUUGGAAGAAUGUGAGACUAGACUGGGUGAAGAACUGGAACCAGAGCAGCAGAACUGCCAUCCUGCUGUCCAGACGCCAGCCCUCGGAUUUCCGCAUGUGUGAUGCCGGCAUGUUAUGGCGUCACAUGACCACUCUCCACAACCAGCAUGGCGUUGUUGACUGGAUCAAGAGUAGUGAUGACUCUAGCACCUCAGGGUGGCCGCAGUUAAGCCCAGAGGUGGUCAACAACAACAUGUUAUGCAGCUUCUUCCUGAGGGAGGACAUCCUGGACCUACUGGCCAGGAGAGGAAUGUUCAUCCCUGAUGAGCUCGCCGACUUAGAGCUGCUACUAUGGCGGCUAGCUCAGGGGGAAGGACUGAUGGCAUGUUCUCCACCGCUCCCUCAGCACCGCUCUCCACAUGGUCUGGACCUCCACUCUCUAGUCAUUAGCUGGUGUCUGGAGCAUGGUCUACAGUACCUCCUGUACGCCUACCUGGAGCACUACAGAUUGACUCCCAGGAACUGUCCUCUCCUUGCUGGUGGUGGCUCCAUGCAGACUCAACCUUGGUUUGACAUGCUGGUGAAGAUCCAGGAGAUCAGCAGAGAUCUCACAGACCCGGCAAAGGUUUUCCAGGCCAGUCUAACCAGUGCUCAGGUUCUGUUACCAGGCAGUCCACCAUCCUUGAGCAGCCUUCUUCUGGAGGGUCACAGUCUGCUUGCCCUCGCCACCAUUAUGUUCGCCCCUGGCGGCAUUGACCAAGUAGUACUUCAGGCCGAAAGGUCGACCAGCUCGGAGUGCUCGGUGGAUCCUCAGCUGAUGAAGAUGGCACUGACAGCGUAUCCCAAACUGAGAGCCGCCUUGUUCCCUGCAGGACCAAGAGGGCCCGGUCCAUUCUCUGACAUCUCCAUCUACCAUCUGCUGCAGUCGUUGCAUCCACUGGACCCCUGUAGACUUUUCGGUUGGCAGGCGGCAAACUCCCUCAACUCCAACGAAACCACAGAGCUGCCUCACUUCUCCAGCCCACAGCUGGUGGACAGCUUUGCUCUGGUGGACAAUUUGGACUAUUUGUAUUAUGUGCAACAUGGCCGUCCCUCCUUCGCCUUCGCCACCUUCCUGCUCCAGGAGCUGAUUGGCUGUGACGAUGUCAGCCUACUUCUGCAGCAGGUUCUGCAGAAUGUACACAGACUGGCUGUGCAGAGUUUCAACAUGGCGUCUGUGGUGGCAGCUGCCGUCUGUUUCUGUGAGCUUCUGGGAGUCAGUAGCCUCCGGCUGAGAGUGGAUGUCAAGGUCAUGAAUGCCAUCUUGACACACUGGACACAACACACCACACACUGUGGCUACACACAGCCUCUACACACACUGGUGUCUAAAGGUAUCAAGUUGGUGGAAGCAGAGCCAGGAGCAGCAGAAGAGCUGCUUGGCUACUUGGAAGCUGCAGUGAUGGACAGUCUGGACGAGAAGACUGUGAGCAGGUCAUCGUGGGAGGCGGCUCAGGAGUGGGCAUUGCCCGUCCAGUUCUGUCAUCUCCACGCUCUGACUCUCAGCUCUGCUUACCCUGCCCACUGUGCACGUGACGGACAAUACAUGCACUUCCUGUUGUUUGUCCAACUGCAUCACUUCCCGCCAUCGCAGGUUCAGUCACUGCUAGCACAGUUUGGGCCUGCUCUCCAGGAUCACCUGAGGCUCGCCUUUCAAAACCUGCAUGUUUUCAGUCAGGGCUCCUCGGAGGGGCAGGAGUCCCCCCGUGAGUUGUUUCAGGUGCUCCUGAGGAGCCAGGAGAGACCAGAGCCUACCAGGUACCUGCUGCACGAGGCGCUGGGGCAACACUGUCCGACCUUAGCUGUGCUGGCCUCUUGUACAAAGGAGGUGGAGCUGCUCCAGUGCCUGUGUGUGUGGCUUCUCUCCUCCAUCGAUAAUGUGACUGCUGAAGAAGCCACCUCGCACCUGGCUGACAUGCCUCAGCACCCUCAGUGGACCCUGCACGACCUAUCAAUCAUCUGGAGGACGCUGCUGGGGCGGGGCCUUGUCAGGCCACUUCUACGAGGCUUCCAACUCUUCCAGAGGGACUGUCCCCUGCUUGCGGUGCUCAGCAUGUUUGAGUUGUGCUGCGACUUCAAGAACUUUUCUGAGGCCAAAGUGAAGCUUCUUGACUUCCAAAGGACGCUCGUCACCCUGAAGAGUAGCAACCAGGCACCCCCAGCUGGACUCCCUCUGCAAUGGCUGGAAAGUCAGGCGUCCACUUUGCUCCUCAUCAUGUUGCAGCGCUGCUCCUCCCAAUACCACCUCCACCGCCUCCUGCUUCUCCUCGCCGACGUUGACAAACUCCUCAAAACUGACGGUCCGGAUUUCAGAAAGCUGAGUCAACUGAGUCAGCUCCUGCAGGGGUCAGAUGUCAGCGUCUCUCCCAGGUUGCUCCAGUGCAAUUCCUCCUCUGUUCAGCAGUUGGAGUUCCAAGCCACAGUGGAUGAUCUACAGUCGCGGGGGUUCUAUUCACAAGCCCGACAGGUGGCGAUGCUGGCUGACCUUCCCGUCCACCGUCUCCUGCUGUGUCAGCUGCUCCAGGAAGUCCAGUGUCAGCGGUCCAAACGUCAGUGGUCCAGACUGGAGACCCGUGUGACCUUUUGGAAAAGGUGUCACCAGCAGCUGCAGGCUGAGAGCGCUAAUCCUGAAUCGGCUUCCCAGUUCCUCCUGUCACAGGCGGAAUCUUUGAAGUCGGACCCUUCUGCGGUACCGGAGGCUCAGUCCGAGUUGUUGGCAGCCCGAGAGCGCUGCCUGCUACUCGGGAUGGCCGCUCAUUGGCUCUCCCAGUGCAACCCACCUCCGGCGGACCAGCUGGAGAUCCUAGAGAAGAAACUGUGGAUCAGUUUGGUCCGGCAGCAUGCCCUGGUAGCUGCCAUGGAGAGGGAGAGCGUUUUUAACCUGCCGUCGCCUGCUGUCACGUCUGACAUGAACACGUAUGAAGUCCUCAUGAAGGAGUUUUCCUUCUCCAACAUAUCAGAGCUCAACACUGACACGCUCCUUAGUCUGGAAGGGCUUCCUGGCCCAGCUGAGGAGCAUCUGGAUGUGGAUCCAGUUCUGAAUCCAGCAGAGAAGAACACUCUGGCUGUGCUGGUUGAUGGCUUAUUAGACAAAGGAAGCAUCCAUGAAGCAAGCCGCGUGUGCCGAUACUUCUCCCUGUAUCAUCCAGAUGUCUGGCUGGUUCUACGCUGCAGAGGCUUGGCGUCCGGAGAACUCAGCUCCGAAACUCAAGACGUGCCUGAGGGUCCGCCAAUGAGGCUCCUACACACCUCACCGUCGCUGAGCAGCUUGUCAUCCUUUGUGAUGCUUCCUCUUCCUGAAGACAAGCUGGCAGCGCAGCUCCAGAAGCUUGUGGAUCAGUGUAGCCAUGGCAACAACUACUGCAAACAAGUCCUCAGCCUCUACCAGCUGUCCAAGGAGCUGCAGUGUUCCUUCAGUCACAUGACAAGGGAGGACCCACGCUGUGUUUUGGAGAAGCUACUGCUGUCUGAGCAGCCGGAGCGCUUCCGGAAUGCUCAGGUCUUCAUCAAAGCUCGGAGCUUCUCUGCUGAAGUUGUGGCCGAGUUGGUGGCGUCCUCGUUGGUUCACGCGCUGCUGGCAGCCACCCAGGAGCUGCAACCUGGUGAGAGGCAAGCGUUCAGACCAUCAGAGGGGCGGGAACCUUUGAUCCAGCUGAUCACAUUGUGUGAAGACCCAAAUCUGGUGGGAAUGAAAGUUCUGGAAAAACUCAAAAGUGUCCCACUGAGGGACUUGAGCUGCAUUGUGGAAUUGCUGAUUGUGGCCCACGACUGCUUCAGUCUGACCUGCAACAUGGAGGGAAUCGUCAGAGUGCUUCAAGCUGCCCGGCACGUAAGCCACGCCUACUUGGCGCCCAGUGAGCACUACGGCCUGCUGGUGCGCCUGCUGACCGGAAUGGGCAGAUACAACGAGAUGACGUACGUGUUUGACCUGCUGCAUCAGAACCAUCGCUUUGAGAUGCUGCUGAGGAAGAAGAUAGACACAGACAGAGGACAGAGCUCCAGCCUGAAGACGGCACUGCUGGACUACAUCAAACGCUGCCUGCCUGCAGACAGCGAGAAGCACAACAUGGUGGCGCUGUGUUUCAGCAUGAGGAGGGAGAUCGGUGAGAACCAUGAGAUGGCAGCCCGGACGCAGCUGAAGAUCAUCGAGUCUCAGCCAUGGGUGGUGUCUCCUGAGCUGAAAAGCUCUCUGCUCAAAGUCUUGGCUCUCUUGAAGGACGCUGCAGAGAGCUUCUCCAAGGAUGCGUGCGUGCACCAGGCGAGUCGCUGCGUGCGCACGGCCAAGCUGGUCACUCUCCAGCUCCACUUCCUUAAUCAAGGCUCCGACCUCCGUGUGGUCAAUCUGCGUCCAGCUGACAUGCACCAUGCCCUCAUGACGCUGCCCCGAUGCUAUCACGUGCUGGUGGUGUCGGAGGCGUACAACUACAGCCCGGAUUGGGUGGAGCUAGUAUACAACAAAGUGCUUCUCAACGGAGACUUUGCCUACUUGGAGGAACUCAAACGCCAUCGCCCCCUGACUUCCAGCUUCUUCCAAGACGUUUUCAAUAAGCUGGAGGGCGCCCCUAGCGGUGUCACGGUAAAUGUGCGACGCUUGCUGGCAUACUGUGAUGACGUAUACGUACGUUACCGGCUGGCGUACCAGCGCAACCUCCACGAUGUCACCAAAACCCUGCUGCAGGACGCCAUGACAUCCAGCUACCUCAAUGACAAAAUCAGCUGAAACUCGCUUUUACAGCAUAGGUUGACUUGGUGACAGCGUCAUCAUGAAAUAUUUUAGUGUCAUAUUGACCAGGAUGGCCUUACUAGUACACGCGGUACAUGCUUGGACAGCCCCAAUAAUACUAUGACCAGUGCUGUCAAAAAUAACGCGUUAACGACGGUGACUAAUUUCUUUCAUUAAUUAUGUUAAUUUUUUUAGCGUAAAUAACGAAUGCGCACCAAAGCAAGCACGCCUCGGGUCCAAUGGGUGUGCCGUCAUAGCACAGUGUAGCACAAUGGAGCAUCCUCACAGUCACACAGAGCCUGACACUGUUUUAGAACUUCAUUCUGAUAUGAACACACAUCACAGUACAAUUAGAUAUAUACUGUAUGUAUCUCCAUCCCACGUAUAUGUCUGUACUUCCUUAUUUCUUUCACAUUCUCAGUACAAGAACGCAAGAUGCAUUCAGGCACACUCCGAACAUCACAAAAACGGCGUAAUGCACGUGUGUGUGUGUGUGUGU